GUGUGGCAGGCGUGUGGAGUUUAUAAAGAGGACCCAAAAGGCGGCAGCUCUGGUGCAGAACAUCAUGUUGCUAAAGCAAAGUAAGAGGCAGCCUACAUCAAGACUCACACGUUUAAUUUCUCAUCACGCUCCCGUUCUGCUUCUCCUAACAUGCUGCUGUGAAGGUCAGAUUCAGUUAGUUGGUCCAUCGCAGGCAGUAACUGUGAUGGUGGGUGAUGACAUUAUUUUGCCAUGCCAUCUGAAACCGGCUUCAGAUGCUUCUGCCAUGACCUUUGAGUGGGCAAGACCUGACCUUAAACCCAGAUUUGUCCAUGUGUGGCAUGAAGGUCAAGACCUUCAUGUUAAUCAGCAUUCAUCUUUCAAAGGACGAACAUCAGUGGACAUCACUAAACUGAAGCAUGGAGAUAUUUCACUGAAACUCUCCAAAGUAAAACACUCAGACAGAGGAAUAUACAGAUGUUACUUUCCAGAUUUGGAUAAAGAGACUACUGCCCAGCUUGUUGUUGGGAGUGUUUCCCAGGCAGUUGUAAAGUUAGCUGGGAUUGACCAAUCCAUAAGUGGAGUGGUGUUACAGUGUGAGUCUGCAGGCUGGUAUCCAGAGCCUGAGCUGCUGUGGUUGGACGGUGAGGGAAACCUCCUCUCUGCUGGACCUACAGAGACCCUCAGAGGUCCUGAUGACCUCUAUACUGUCAGCAGCAGAGUGACUGUGGAGAAGAGACACAGCAACAACAUCACCUGCAGAGUCCAACAGAGGAACACCAACCAGAGCAGAGAGACACACACAUGUUCCAGUUGAUUUUUUUGGGACCCCGUGUAGCUCUGGCUCUUGCAUUGCCAUUAGCUUGACUGCUUGUGUCAUGAGUGUCCUUGUACUCAUCUUUGCUGUGUGGAAAAACAAACACAAAACCACUACAACCCAACAACAAGAGAACCUGGAUCACACAGAGAAUCAAAAAAUGAAGGAUGACAUGAUCAAGCUUACAAAAGAUUUACAGAAGAAGAAGGAAGAGUAUAAAAACAUGGUCGGGACACUGAUGUUACACAAGAAAGAAAUGAAAGAAGAGAAAGAUAAAUUUAAACUGCAAUUAAUGAAAAUGGAGGAAGUGGUGGAGGCCAGUAAAAUGCACUUAAUGGAGCAAGAUAAAGGUUCCUCCAGUGCACCAUCUUUAGAUCUAAAAAAAAAAGUCUUAGAAUGCAAAUGGAGCAUGAAUGAAACAGUGACAGCAUCUGAGAAACUGUUACUAAGCAUAGAGAAACUUUUACAAUACAUAGAAAUUGUGGCCAGCCCUAAUUUACAGAGUACAGACUCAGAACAUAGUUUUUGUGAAAAUAGUACACUGAUAUCAGAGGAAGAAAAAAAAGAGUAAAUCGAUCACAUUAAUGGUGUGAUCGUUUUUUCACAGGAAUGAAGAAAUGCACAUGCACUAGUAAGUUGGUCUUAAAUUUUCUUCUGGUUAAAGCAAAUGUCUAUCUUUAACACUUAGCAAAUGCUGUAAUGUAAAGCACUUUGUAAAGCGCUAUACAAAUACAGGCCAUUUACCAUUUACAGUUCCUUUGUUUAUUUGUAAAUUACCACAUUUAGAAUUUGUUUGGUGAAGUCGUGUAAAGUGAUGCAUUUCAAUAUAUGUCAACAUAAAUUUUGAUGCUGUGGAAAUUUAGUACCUAAAUAAAAGAA